AUGCCUGGGACCAUGGCAGAGUCGCGGAAGAGGAAGGCUGUGACCAGAGAUGUCGAUGCCGCCGCUGCCUUGGUGUCUGGUGAGACACUUGACUUCGGACAGCUGAAUGGAACACUUUCGGACGAGUACUCUGAAGCAGAAAACGAUCCAGAUGAUCAGGAAGACCUCUCCGAGGAUGAGAGCCUGGUGGGGGCUUCCCUAUCGGCCGGAAGUGCCAGCGAUAUCUCUGAGCAACCAGAUGACGAAUUCCUGAAGCCGAAAACAACACCCAAUGGUGUUGGUAAGACGUCGGUCUCGGCAGGACACCAAAAUGGCGGGGUCGACUUCGAUGAAGAGGAAGACAAACCGAACUACAGAGUCGAGACUGAUGCAUACGGUAACGAACGCUACAUCUACGACGAGAUCGAUCCUGGCGAUGAUUCGGAGUAUUCGGUGCCAGAUGCUGAGGCGAACACCAUCGGCGAUAUCCCGCUGAAAUAUUACGACUCCUACCCGCAUAUUGGAUACACGAUCAACGGCAAGAAGAUUAUGCGACCGGCAACCGGUGAGGCGCUUGACGCUCUCCUCGAUAGUAUUGAUGUCCCCAAGGGUUGGACGGGCCUGACGGAUCCAAAUACUGGCAAACCACUCGCAUUGAGCCAAGAAGAGCUGCAGCUACUAAAGAAGGUACAGAUGAAUGAGCUGGCGACCGACGGCAUUGAUCCAUACGAGCCAACGGUGGAAUGGUUCACCAGCAAAGUCGAGCAGAUGCCUCUGAGUGCUGCUCCUGAGCCAAAGCGGCGAUUCGUCCCAUCCAAGCAUGAGCAGAAGCGGGUGAUGAAGAUCGUUCGUGCAAUCCGAGAAGGACGCAUCCUGCCGUACAAACCGCCUGAGGAGCGUGAAGAGGAGGAUGAUGUGCAGAACUAUGAUAUCUGGGCAAACGAAGAGCCUCGAAAGGAGCACGCUAUGCACAUGCCUGCGCCGAAACUGCCGCCUCCGGCCUUCGACGAGAGUUACCACCCACCUCCGGAGUACCUCCCUGAUACAAAGGAAAAGAAAGAGUGGGAGAACACUGAUCCAGAGGAUCGAGACAAGGAUUAUCUGCCAACUGAUCAUGUCUCUUUACGGAAAGUUCCAGGCUGGGGUCAAUUUGUCCAGGAAAAGUUCGAGCGGUGUCUUGACCUAUACCUGGCUCCCAGAGUGCGCCGAACAAAGCUCAACAUUGAUCCUGAAUCAUUGCUGCCGAAGCUUCCUGACCCAGAGGAGCUCAGACCUUUCCCAAUGCGGGAAAGUGAAAGGUAUGUCGGCCAUGAAGGACGCAUACGCUCUUUGGCUAUAUCUCCUUCUGGCGAUUAUCUUGCGACUGGCGGCGACGAUGGCACGGUCCGAGUUUGGACACUUAUGCCUGCAAGGGAGAUAUGGUCCGCCAAGCUGGAUUCCGAGGAACCAGUUCACGUUGUGAGAUGGAGACCUGGAAAAGAUGCUUCAGUGCUCGCUGUGGCGGCGGGAGACGAGAUCUACCUCUGUGCACCUGCUCUUGAAGACGCUGAGGACAACAGAACCAUCGCCGGUCAAGCGAUACUGGACGCCGGAUGGGGCUUCGCAUCAACAACCUCUUCCUUAAAGUCUACAUCUGCGGUUUCAUGGAGCAGACCAUCAUCGAGACUUCAGCAGAAAGGAGUCGCAAUCAUCAUCAGACUUGGCCACAUAGCCAAGUCAUUGUCUUUCCAUUCGGGCGGCAAUUACUUCGUGAGCGUGUGCCCUGGCAACAACGUGCCUGCAUCGCAAGCAAUUGCAGUUCACACCCUGAGCAAACACCAAACACAAUUGCCUUUCCGCAAGAGGAUCAGAGGCGGAGGUACACCACAGGUUGCACACUUCCACCCCACCAAGCCAGUUCUUUACGUUGCCAAUCAGCGUCUCAUUCGUGCAUACGAUUUGUCGAAGCAGUCACUGCUCAAGAUCAUACAACCAGGUGCCAGAUGGAUCAGCAGCUUCGACGUUCAUCCAACAAGUGCUGCUACAGCUGGCUCAGACAACUUGAUUGUCGGGUCGUAUGAUCGGCGCCUGCUGUGGAUGGACCUGGAGCUGUCCCCACGCCCUUACAAGACUCUUCGUUUCCACGACAAGGCCAUCCGAUCAGUUCGCUUUCACCCCGCUACACAUCGAUAUCCACUCUUCGCAGAUGGCAGCGAUGAUGGUAGUAUCCAGAUCUUCCACGGGUCUGUAACAAGUGAUAUGAUGAGCAAUGCACAGAUAGUGCCCUUGAAGGUGCUUCGAGGACAUAGGGUUACUGGAGGGUUGGGGGUUAUGGAACUAGACUGGCAUCCGAGCCACCCAUGGUUAGUGAGUGCCGGUGGCGAUGGCACUUGUAGAUUGUGGGUAUCAUGA